UAAACUGACUAGUCAUCAGGCGCUUUUGGAACUUUUGUCAAUAAAAGAGGAGUUCCUACAGGAAUUUAUCCAUUUGAAGAGUUCGUCUCAGACAGAUUACUUCAAGAAAUUUCAUUGAGCUUCAGUUUUGCAAUCAUGCAAAGAUCAAGUGAACGUUUGUUAAGGAACGGCUACUACGAUAUAUAUGGACAACCAGUUAUUUCCUACAGGGAAACAGCAGUGAGGAGGAGGUACAUUACAGGUCGCCCAGUAAGUCCCCCUAGAAACCGCCCGGCGAACCGCCCGGCAUAUCGCCCGGCAAACCGCCCAGCAAACCGCCCAGCAAACCGCCCGACAAAUGAAGAGAUAUCAUUAAGAGAGAGGCAUCAGACUCGUGCGGUGCAAAUUAUUUUGGACCGAGAAAACCAGAUGAUAGACUGUCUGAUAAACAUUCGCCAUAUCACCCGCUUAUUCUUUUUCACCUUCGUCACUUGUGCUUGUCUUUGGUGGAUUAUUUGCCCACGACCGUCUAAGAUGUCUCUUACAACAACUAUGACAGACAUGGGUCCAAUCUCUGGAGUUGAGGAUCAGGGACAUCUCUCCAGGCUGCAGAUGUUGGAGAAAAAAAUUAACUACCUUCUACCAGAAGUAGACCUGUGGCCAAACUUUGCUCUCCACUCUCAAGGAGCAACGAUUUUGUACAAAAAAACAACAGAGUCAUGUGAAAGCCAUAUUGGAUGUAGAAUACUUGGUUUGCCUAUCAGGGCACCAGCUAUAGAUGCAGACAUUGUUAUUCAGGGAAGAACUCAUCUGCAUCCUGGACAAUGCUGGGCCUUUUCAGGCUUCCCGGGACGUUUGGCCAUCUCAUUGUCUCACACAGCCAUCAUCAGACAUGUGUCCCUGGGCCACAUUCGAAAGAUUGUGUCCCCAACGUCCUCCGUCUCCAGUGCUCCUAAAGAGUUUUCUGUCUUUGGAAAGAAGAAUUUAGAAGAUGAGGAAACUCAUUUGGGAACUUUCAUAUAUGACGAAAAUGGAGACCAAAUUCAGACCUUCAAACUUUCUGCUGAUAAAGUUGGCCCCUACAACCAUGUUACACUACAGGUGAACAGCAACUGGGGAGAAUCGGGCUACACCUGCCUCUACGACUUCAGAGUGCAUGGAGAUCUAGCCAAAGAAUGAGGUCAACAAGGAGGAAAGGGGUGUAAGAUAGGAAAGGGGAAAAGUACAUUUUUUUCUUUGAUAUAUAUUUUUUGUAGAUGUUUUUGGAAUUAAUUAUAAAUCCUGAUUAAAACAGUUACACCACUCAUCUAUAAGUAGACAAUCAAAUGAAGAUGAAAAACAACACACACACACACAUCAAUGAAGGCUCUCAGACAGGUACCACAGGAACAGAAAACAUUUUCUUGUUACCCCCAUCUUGGUGCCUGCAUGUUGGGGUUUACCGCGGUGAGCAAGAGGGAAGUUCAGAGAACUCACCCUUUCUGGAGUCCUUGGAGGGUGUACUGGAGUGUACCCCUCAGGGAUUCCCUUGUUCUAGUGGAGAACUUCAACAAGGCAAUGGGCAAUGACAGUGAGACCUGGAGAGAUGUGGUUGGGAGGAAUGGUCCCGGAGAUCUAAACUCGUGAACUUCUGGGUUCUCUCCGGGUCCGCCAGCUUCUUCCCACAGACAUCACAAAGUGGCAUGCAUGGGUUCUCUCCGGGUGCUCCGGCUUCCUCCCGCAGACAUAAAAGUAGCAUGUGUGGGUUCUCCCCGGGUCCGCCAGUUUCUUCCCACAGACAUCACAAAUUGGCAUGCAUGGGUUCUCUCCGGGUCCGCCAGCUUCUUCCGACAGACAUUAUAAAUUGGCAACAAUGGGUUCUCUCUGGGUGCACCAGCUUCUUCCCAAAGACAUAAAAGUAGCAUGCAUGGGUUCUCUCUGGGUGCUUCACCUUCCUCCCACAGACAUCAUAAAUUGGCAACAAUGGGUUCUCUCCGGGUCCGCCAGCUUCUUCCCACAGACAUCACAAAUUGGCAUGCAUGGGUUCUCUCCGGGUGCUCCGGCUUCUUCCCGCACACAUAAAAGUAGCAUGUGUGGGUUCUCGCCGGGUCCGCCAGCUUCUUCCCACAGACAUCACAAAUUGGCAACAAUGGGUUCUCUCUGGGUGCGCCAGCUUCUUCCCAAAGACGUAAAAGUGGCAUGCAUGGGUUCUCUCUGGGUGCUUCGCCUUCCUCCCACAGACAUCAUAAAUUGGCAACAAUGGGUUCUCUCUGGGUCCGCCAGCUUCUUCCCACAGACAUUAUAAAUUGGCAUGCAUGGGUUCUUUCCGGGUGCUCCGGCUUCCUCCCGCAGACAUAAAAGUAGCAUGCAUGGGUUCUCUCCGGGUGCUCCGGCUUCCUCCCGCAGACAUAAAAGUAGCAUGUGUGGGUUCUCUCCGGGUCCGCCAGCUUCUUCCCACAGACAUUAUAAAUUGGCAACAAUGGGUUCUCUCUGGGUGCCCAAGCUUCUUCCCAAAGACAUA